AUGACUAAAAUAUUAUUUAAGAUUUAUAUUGAAUAUCAUCCCAGAAAAACUGGUUCAAAUCUUAUCGAAAUACAUGGAAGUGAAAAUACCAUUCAAUUUUCUGGACGUAAUAUAAAUUUUAAUGGCCAAAAAUUUAAAAUGGGUGAUGAUCAAAUCUCGAAAGAAUAUUUUAAUUCUGGACAACCAACACAAAAUUCUAAUCCCUUCAAAGGAAAAACACACACUUUUAAUUUUGGUGGAGCUCAGCCAGGAUAUAAUUACUUCCCUGGAGAAACCUCACAGAAUCAAAAUAAAUUUGGAACACAAAGCCAAACAUGGGAAUUUGGAGAAGCAUCAAAAUCCCCCAAAAAUGUUCCAAAAACAUCUAAUUUAUUCCCAGAAACACCCAGCAAAUUUGGUGAGCAAAGAGAUGAUGAAAGUAUAGAUUUGGAAUUAAAAUUAUGA